GUUUUAAAGUUAAACCAUAAUAUCAGGAAGAAAAGUGAAAUUUCCGUUUUUAACCAGAAAAUUUAAACUCAGAACUCUCAACCAUCCGGUUUCUAAAAUCCGGAUUUUGAAAACCUAUUUCCUUUGCAAUCCGGUAUUUUUCAAUACCGGAUCAUCCACCAAAUACAUUAGAACUCGGUAAGUCUACUACCCGGAUCCUCUGCAACCUGGAUACUCUCUUCUACCCGGAUCCUCCUCUGCCAUCCAGAUACUUUAUCACCCGGCUGCAACCCAAAACUAUACCAUCGGGAACCUCUGCAACCAAAUUUUUUACUACCCUGGAUACAAUAAGGAUACUCUCAAACCCGGCUCCCUUGCAAUUCGUAACCUCUGCAAUCCGAAUUCUCUACAAUCGUUAUUCUCAUCUGCCCGGAUCCUCUGCAAUGUAUUUCAAAAUACCCGGAUCCUUUUCAAACCGGGUCAUUUGCUACAUGGAUUCUCUUCAAUCCGGAUUGAUAAAAAAGGAAGAUAUUUAACUGAAUUUUGGAGGAAAAUAAAAUUUUAAGUUGAUAUUUUACACCGUCUGUAUCCAGUCAAUCCAUCUGUAUUCAGUGAAUACAUCUGCAUCCAUCUGUAUCCAGUGUAUCUAUCUGUUUCCAUCUGUGUCCAGUGAAUCCAUCUGUAUCCAUCUGUAUCUAUCUGUAUCCAGUGUAUCCAUCUGUAUCCAGUGUAUCCAUCUGUAUCCAUCUGUAUCCAGUGUAUCCAUCUGUAUCCAUCUUUAUCCAUAGAAAAUAUCCACAUUGGAAUUUUCAAUUCUGUUUUUUAAGAGUAGUAAACAUGGAUUCGGCCUUUCGAUGCAACUUUCAGCGGUAAAAUUUAGUCAUUUUGAUUUAAGAUAACUAUCAAAUACUUAGUUACUUGGAUAUCAGACAGGCAGUGACUUAAUGGGAUAUUAAACAGGCAGUGACUUAAUGGGAUAUCAAGGAACAUUUUUCAGACAUCAACCGAAAGUCAUAUUUGGAUAUCAAGAAGUAAGUGACGGAAAAAAAGCAUCCGAUCCUGUGAACAAAUAUCCAGAUUUCAGUGAUUUAAUUGAUAUAUUAACUGUCCAAAAUUGAUCCCGCUGGAUCUGCCAAAGCACAUUUGAUCUCCUAAUGGGGUUGUAUUCAAUUAGUACAAUACAGUACAGUACAGCAAUACAGUUAUUAGUUAUCAGUACACCAAGGUUGGGUAUAUGUACAGGUAAACUAUACAAAAAGCACAGCUCGCCCUAAACCUUUAUCAGCCCUGACCGUGACAUUAUCUCCUUUAUCCCGAAACUCUGAGUGAUUAAAUUAACGAAACGGUUGUAAAAACUUGAAAAAUUUGAAAUGAAAAGAAACACAGUUUGUACGAUUUCUAAGCACAGUGAAUGUACACAGCCACCCUCUAACUGACAUUGAUAACAGCUGUACAGUGUACAUAAAUGCUGUAUAGAACAGCUGUACAUUAAGGCUGUACAUCUCCAGGUCCGUGUGUAAACUCUGAUGUUGAGAAUGAACAGCUCGAUGGACGCCAGCUCUGACCCCUACCCUGAGCAGGAAUGGUUGGGUAGGGAGGAGGUCAUCAUCUCAACUGUAGAGGUCAUCUUCAUCGUCUACCUCUGCAUUGUUUUUAUUCUAGCCUGUAUCUGUAAUGUGAGUAUUCUGCUUGCAUUCUUUAGAAAAUCAUCUCUACGAACAACAUCAAAUAGGUUUGUGAUCCAGCUACUGAUUGUAAACCUCCUAUGUUGCUGUAUGCUUCUACCAUUAACUCUUCUAGAGCUCAUCUUCACUAUUCCGGGCCAAUGCAGUCUUAGUGAAACAGUGGCCUGCUGGAUUUCAUCUUUAUCUGUUCUCUCAACUGUUCUAAUAGGAGGCGAUCAAUAUUUGGCGGUAAAAUUCCCUCUUCGUUACCGCCAUCAUGUCUCCAGGACCAGAGCGUACAUAGCCCAGCUGUGUGUAUGUACACUCAGUACAUUACUUGCUAUACUCUGGGCCCUCGCCCCUCCUCCAAACCCAGUCUGGAGAUCGUGCCCACCAAACCAAACCAGAAUUGGUAUUCUGACCGGCCUAUGUAGCUGUCUUACUAUCCUUCUAUCAUUCAUCCUUCCUACCCUCACACUUACAGUUAUAUAUUGCAAGAUAUUUACCGAGGCACAUAACAACUCUGUGAGAACAAGAAGAAACAGUUUAAACCCGUCAGAAAACCUGUACAGUCUAACUUCAACCAUGGUUGCCCCUUUAACCAUCUCUCAAUCUGACCUGAAGAAAAUAAACAGGGUUCAAUCCUUCUCACAUUCUCCUAUAUCCAGGUCUGAGCCCCUUUUAGUGAGACAAGGAUCUUUACAUCAUGUUCAUCGUUCUCCGACACAUCUCAAGACAAAUUUGAACCAGCUGAGGCAUAGAAUAUCCAACGCUAGCCAGAUAAUGCACAGAGAGGAGGGAAGAACUGCACGCCUCUACACCUUUACAUUAGCCAGUAUACUUAUCUGCUGGUCUCCAUACUUCAUUUAUUCAGCAGCCAGGACUACCUCCUGCGAGGAAGAAGGUUGGAAGGAGUAUAUCUAUGAAGGAAGGAGGUCGAGGAGGAAGGAGAGAGCUUUCAGGGGUCAGGGAGGUUCUGGAGGCAGAGAUCGAGGGGGAGGAAAUGCUGAUGGGGGGCAGCGAGGGACUGGAGAGAAGAAGGGAUCUCCGGGGUAA